AUGGCCCACUAUACCCCCGCAUCGCUCGAAUCCCUCCUCAAGAACCUCACCCUAACCGACGACGAGGCAGACCACGAGGAGAUCCUCCGCCACUGUGACGGCCUGCUCAGCACCAGCAAGGCCCAUCCUCGCGCACUGCACACGAAGAUCGUCGCCCUGCUCAGCCUCGACCGCUACGACGAUGCGAUAAAGGUCAUUGAGUCUGCGGACGGCCAGGCGGUGGCGGAGACGGCUACCCUCGAGAGGGCGUAUUGUCUGUAUAAGCUUGGUCGGCUGCAGGAGGCCGAGGAGGCCGCGAGGAAGGCUGCAGACGGCGGGGAUAGGAAUAAGAGAGGGCUAAGACAUGUUGAGGCUCAAGCUGCGUAUAGAUCGGAGAGGUUUGUGCAUGCGGCGAAGAUAUACAAGGAGCUGGCGGAUGGGAUGACGCAGGUCGAUAAUGAGGAUUAUGACCUGAGUGUGAAUACUACUGCGGCGGAUGCGCAGAUUAUUUGGGCGGGACAGGGCCAUUUGGUCAAGAGUACGAAGCCUAAUAGAGGCGCUUUGGAUGCAUUUGAGACGGCGUUCAAUUCUGCGUGCAUCAGUCUUGCGAGGGGAGAGUAUGGGCAAGCUUUGGUAUUGCUGAAAAGAUCAAAGGAUCUUUGCAAUGCUCUUGAAGACUUGUCGGACGAGGAAAAGAAACUGGAAUUGACCCCAAUCAUUGCCCAAGAAGUAUGCGCUCUCAUCAACCUUGGACGAAUCGAGGACGCAAUGGCCCGCUCCCAAGAGCUUGGAGUUUCUACCCUUACAGACACAGCCCUAAAGCUCAUCGCAACUUACAACGAGAUCGCCGCAACCUCCCGUCUGCCCGACUACAACCCCCACAAAUCCAUCAUCGCUGCAGAGACUGCCACCGCAUCAGCAAAGACCACGACCGCCCGCCCAUUCCUCUUCCAAGCCCGCGCGAUUGAGCGAAACGACGCCGUGAUCGACUUCCAAGUCGGCAAGCACUCCUCCGUCAAGGCGAAGGCUGCAAAAAUCACACAGACCUACCCCAACGAUCCAGCAAAUGGCGUGAUCAGUGCAGCUGCACACGCCGGGAAUGUCAAGGGCAAAACGGCAGAGAACAAAGUCGAGGCUUUGUGGACGGCAAAUCCAAAAGAUAUAGGGCUGGCCUUGACACUGGUCCAGCUCAGAAUAAGAUCCAAAAAUAUCACUGGUGCAAUCCAGACAAUGGAUAAGCUUCUUUCCGCGCUGGGACCAGAACAGCGGUACCAGCCUGGAUUGGUCGGGCUCUUGGUAGCACUGUACCAAUCACAGGCCCGAAAGAAGGAUGUGAAGGACCUACUAUCACAAGCCAGCGACUUCUGGAAGAACACAGAUACCCCCAACCCCACAAUCCUCCAAGCCUCCGGCAAAGCGCAGCUCGACUCGGACGACUCCGCCGACCUCCGCGCAGCCGGCGAACUCUUCACCUCCCUCCUCUCCGCCGAUCCCACGAACAAGUUCGCGACCGCCGGUCUGGUCGCCUCAUACGCCACCAUCGACCCCUCGCAGAUCACACCCGCCCACAUCUCCAAGCUGACGCCCGUGCAGACACUCAUCUCCGACAUUGAUGCGGCGGCCCUUGAGUCGCUCGGCGUCGCGCAGCAGAGCAGGAAGCGCUCCGCGGAGGAGGACGCGGGCCCGAAGGUAAAGCCGAAGAAGGUCAAGAAGAAGAAGACGAGACUGCCGAAGGAUGUAGAGCCGGGAAAGGCGGCGGAUCCGGAGAGGUGGCUGCCGGAGAGGGAUAGGAGUACGUAUAGGCCGAAGGGCAGGAAGGAUAAGAAGAAGGCGGCUGGGGCGACGCAGGGUGGGCCGACGGCGGCGGGUGAGAGCUCGGAGGUGCUGGGUGGGGAGUUGUUGAAGAAGGCCGGUGGGGGGCCGGGUGGGGGGGCGAACAAGAAGAAGAAGAAGAAGGGGGGGAAGUGGUAA